CUGGCGGGGCAGAAGCGAGCCUCCUCCCAGGCCUUGGGCACCAUCCCUAAACGACGAAGCUCCUCCAGGUUCAUCAAGAGGAAGAAAUUUGAUGAUGAGCUUGUGGAGAGCAGCCUAGCCAAGUCCUCUACCCGAGCAAAGGGAGCCAGUGGGGUGGAACCUGGCCGCUGUUCAGGGAGUGAACCUUCUUCUAGUGAGAAGAAGAAGGUAUCCAAGGCCCCUAGCACUCCUGUGCCUCCCAGUCCAGCUCCUGCACCUGGACUCACCAAACGUGUGAAAAAGAGCAAACAGCCACUUCAGGUAACCAAGGAUCUUGGCCGCUGGAAGCCUGCAGAUGACCUCCUGCUCAUCAACGCUGUGUUACAGACCAAUGACCUGACUUCUGUCCAUCUGGGUGUGAAGUUCAGCUGCCGCUUUACUCUUCGGGAAGUCCAGGAGCGCUGGUACGCCCUGCUCUACGAUCCGGUCAUCUCCAAACUGGCUUGCCAGGCCAUGAGGCAGCUGCACCCUGAAGCCAUUGCAGCCAUACAAAGCAAAGCCCUCUUCAGCAAGACUGAGGAACAAUUGCUAAGUAAAGUGGGAUCGACCAGCCAACCCACCUUGGAGACCUUCCAGGACCUUCUACACAGACACCCUGAUGCCUUCUACCUGGCCCGGACUGCCAAGGCUCUGCAAGCCCACUGGCAGCUUAUGAAGCAGUAUUACUUGCUGGAGGACCAAACAGUGCAGCCACUGCCCAAGGGGGACCAAGUACUGAACUUCUCCGACGCAGAAGAUCUGAUAGAUGACAGUAAACUCAAGGAUAUGAGAGACGAGGUCCUGGAACAUGAGCUGACAGUGGCUGACCGGCGCCAGAAGCGAGAGAUUCGGCAGCUGGAGCAGGAACUGCAUAAGUGGCAGGUUCUGGUAGACAGCAUCACAGGCAUGAGCUCUCCAGACUUCGACAACCAGACGCUGGCAGUGCUGCGGGGCCGCAUGGUGCGGUACCUGAUGCGCUCCCGAGAGAUCACCCUGGGCAGAGCGACCAAGGAUAACCAGAUUGACGUGGACCUGUCUCUGGAGGGGCCAGCCUGGAAGAUCUCCCGGAAGCAAGGUGUGAUUAAACUGAAAAACAACGGUGAUUUUUUCAUUGCCAAUGAGGGCCGGCGGCCCAUCUACAUCGAUGGACGGCCUGUGCUGUGUGGCUCCAAAUGGCGCCUCAGCAACAACUCUGUGGUGGAGAUUGCCAGUCUACGAUUUGUCUUCCUCAUCAACCAGGACCUCAUUGCCCUCAUCCGGGCUGAGGCUGCCAAGAUCACACCACAGUGA